AUGCCGUUCAAGGUUUCAGCUUUGGAUAUUCGCGAUUUCCAGGAGUGCGGCGUCGUCAUGCUACGCAACGUCCUCUCGCCCGCGCAGGUCGAGACGUUGAAGCGCGGCAUCCAGCGUGGUUACGAGCACCCGAGCCCGCGCAGCAAGAUCGCCUCCGAAGACUCCGACACGGGCAAGUUCUUCGAGGACUUCCGCUGCUGGCAGGACAUCCCCGAGUACAAGGAAAUCAUCUUCAAUACGGACCUGCCGCGCAUCGCGUCCGAGUUGACGGGCAGUCGCACCGUCCGCCUGCACCACGACCACAUGCUCGUCAAGGAGCCGAAGACACAGCAGCGCACCCCGUGGCACCAGGACACGCCGUACUACAACAUGGAGGGCAACCAAACCAUCAGCUUUUGGAUCCCGGUCGACCCGGUUCCGGAGGACAGCGCGAUGGAGUUCGUGCUGGGGUCGCAGAAAUGGCCGUGGUUGAUGCCGCGCACCUUCAAGGACAACGUCGCGAAGUGGUUCCCGGAGGGCAGUCUGGCGGAGUUGCCGGACAUCGAGGGGCGCCGCAAGGAGUUUCCCAUUGUCUCGUGGGCCCUGCAGCCGGGUGACUGCUACGCCUUCAACUUCCACACGAUGCACGCGGCAAAGGGGUCGACGGUGAUGCGGCGGGCCCUGUCCAUUCGCUACGUCGGCGACGACGUCGUCUACGCUCCGCGGCAGUGGGUCACCUCGCCGGCGUUCCCGGAACUGGAGAAGAACUCUGGCGGCAUGAAAGCCUGCGGUCCGCUUAUCCACCCGCUCUUCCCUGUCGUGUACAUGUCGGAGUCAAAGUUGUGA